CCCAACAGUGUCAGCUGCUUCUCUGUCAAGGAUGUUGAUCUCUUUGAGUUAAUGUUUGAUAUGCUACCAGAGAUAUAGGCAGAAAAUUGCACUGAUUUUAUUCUCUUUACCACAGUGACUUUCUGUGGAGCAGACCUCUACUGUUAACCCACCUGAGCUCAGUUUUCAGCUCCACAGCUGCCCUGUGCCUCUUCUUCAUACUGACUAGUGUUUGUGUUAGCAUUGACCUACCUGCAACACUUAGAAAGAGUUUAUUUCAGUUGUUAGUUCAUUUUUUGAGAGCAUCAUGUAUAACUGGGAGAGAGUGCUGCAUCUUCUGUGGCACCACAGGAACUAUAUCAUCAUAAUCGUCACGCCGCUUGUAUUCCUUCCUCUGCCUCUCGUCUAUCCUUCAUCGGAAGCCAGAUGUGGCUACGCGAUCAUCCUCAUGGCUCUGUACUGGUGCACAGAGUGCAUGCCUCUGGCUGUGACUGCCUUACUGCCAGUCAUCCUCUUUCCUAUGAUGGGCAUCAUGAAGGGUGGAGAUGUCAGUAUUGAGUAUCUGAAAGACUCGAACAUGCUGUUCAUCGGAGGUCUGCUGGUGGCCAUCGCGGUCGAACACUGGAAUCUCCAUAAACGAAUCGCUCUCCGGGUUUUGCUGCUGGUUGGUGUUCGUCCAUCGCUGUUAAUGAUUGGCUUCAUGAGCGUCUCGGCAUUCCUGUCCAUGUGGAUCAGCAACACAGCCACCACAGCCAUGAUGCUACCCAUCGCACACGCUGUGCUACAGCAGCUGAAAGAUACAGAGACCCAGGCAAAUGAGCGUGAUCUCCAGACUCAAGAUGCGGACAACCACGCAUUUGAGCUGGAAGUUCAAACCAAGCUGGAGACGAUAAACGAAAGAGACACACAGGAUCCUGUGUAUGUACAUGACACACAGCGAGAGUUCAGAGAAAAAGCCAUAGAAGCGAAGUAUGACCUUCUCACCAAAGGGAUGAGUCUUAGUGUGUGUUACUCUGCCAGCAUUGGAGGCACGGCCACGCUCACAGGGACCACGCCUAAUCUCAUCCUCAAGGGCCAAAUGGACGAGAUCUUCCCUAACAAUACUGACGUGAUCAACUUUGCCAGCUGGUUUGGCUUUUGUUUUCCCAGCAUGGUGCUCAUGCUGGUGCUCGCCUGGUUCUGGCUUCAUUUUAUGUUCCUGGGCUUCAAUUUGAAGAAGUCAUUUGGCUGUGGUGAGAAAAGUGAAAGCGACAGAGCGGCAUACACAGUGAUGAAAGUGGAGUACAAGAAGCUGGGACGUAUCAAGUUUGCAGAGGUGGCGGUGCUCGUCCUCUUUAUCUUGCUCGUGCUUCUGUGGUUUACCAGAGAGCCGGGCUUCAUGCCUGGCUGGGCCACAGUGCUGUUCAAUAAGGACGCUGCGUUUGUGACAGACGGAACGGUUGCCAUCCUAAUGUCAUCGCUCUUCUUCGUCAUCCCCUCUCAGCUGCCGUUUAGCAAUUACGGAUACACAAAUGAAGGUAAGAGGAUAAAGGCUCCACCGGCUCUGUUGACCUGGAAUGUGGUUCAUGAACGAAUGCCCUGGAAUAUAGUGCUGCUGUUGGGAGGAGGUUUUGCUCUUGCUGCUGGCAGUGAGGCAUCAAAUCUAUCCAAGUGGUUGGGAGAAAACCUGUCACCUCUUCAGAAUAUUCCCCCCUUUGCUAUCUCACUGGUGCUUUCCCUACUUAUUGCCACAUUCACCGAGUGCUCCAGUAACACAGCUACCACCACCCUGUUCCUGCCCAUAUUGGCGUCAAUGGCCCAAAAUAUUAAGCUCCACCCACUCUAUGUGAUGCUGCCCUGCACUAUUGCUGCCUCUCUGGCCUUCAUGCUACCUGUGGCCACACCACCCAAUGCCAUUGCCUUUUCUUUUGGAAACCUCAAAGUCCUAGAUAUGGUGAAAGCUGGUUUCAUGCUCAACAUCAUCGGGAUCCUGUGCAUUAAUUUAGCCAUCAACACCUGGGGAAGAGCCAUGUUUAACUUGGACACUUUUCCAGAUUGGGCCAACACUACAAAUAGUAAACCUUGAAUUUGUUUACAGCCUGUAAAAAAACAAAUCCAAUUCUACAGUCACACAAGAAGACACUGAACAAAGUAUCACAUUUUCCAACUUCUGCUUCAAACCAAUGAGGAAAAAGCUCAGAAAUCCACUGUCUGAGAUAAAACUUUUCUACCUUUAGCAGACAACAGUUUGUUGUUGUUGCAGGAUACCAUUACUCAUGGUAUCCUGCUCAGGAAAGCUACAUACAACUCGUUCUCACUCCCGAGGCGUAACAUGUCGACGUUUUGUCACGUCCCGCGGCGUUCCUGAGGAACGCGAAAGGAGACCUUCGGCGUUCUUAUGGUAUGCGGCGGGUUAUGGCUGGAAUCCAGUGCAAUGACGCUCCCGCGGUAAUAGACGUUCCAGCCCUGUAUUCCAGCCGUAAACCUAACCUUAUCCCUAGCCCUAACCAUAACCUUAUUUCUGAUCUUAACCAGGACUAUAAAUAGAGUGUUUCUAAGCGAUUUGAAGAAAAAGAGCGAACAUGUGGAGUCCAGACGGUUCUCAUAUUUCCUCUUUUUUCCGAGGUCGUCAUUUAGGAAGGUGGUAGGUAGCCGAAAACGUACUAUGUUGACGAUUUGUCACCUAGCGUAAAAUGUUACGCUUUGGGAGUGAGAACGUGUUGCUACAUAAGAAUGUUUUCAGGCCCUUUAAAAACAAGAAGAAAAAAGUCAUAGCAGAGUUUUUCCACUCUCACUGAAGACAAAUAAGUUAAAGAUUAAAUGACAGUUUAAAUUUGGUUAUAGAAAGAGCAAUCAAAGAUUUUCACUUGCAGCUGAAACAAACUUUAAGCUCUAUCAGACUAUUAUAUACAGACCCUCUUUGAGGACUUCCUUACAUCAUUUCAGUGACAGAACCAAAGAAAGUGUUUAAACCAGGUUAUUUCCUCAUACACUUUUCAAUGAAUUUGUUAUCUUAUCAGUCUGUGUAUCAUUUACUGAUAAUGCAUGCAUUAUCUGCAGCAUAGCUACCUUUGAAAGGCAAAAAUGAAAACUAAUUCAUGGUGUCAGUUAACUUAUUACUGUGGUCAUUUUGUUGGACUUUUUUUUUUGGGUGUCAUAUUUAAUUUUAUAUGUGUUUUUGUCACAACUUCUUUUCAUAAGGAGGAAUUUUACUUAUUUUAUAAUUUAUAAAUACCAAUGUGACCUUU